UCGGCCGAGCACCGCGCGGCGCCUACGUGCCCAGUCCGCGUCCCCGUUCACCAUACAAAGAACACCUCUGUACUGUAAAAAAUCUGUGAUGUAUUGAUUAAUUUCAACUUUAUCCUCACGCUAAUAACCGUCUAACACAACCGUGAAGUUCAAACCAGUGUUUAAAUCGAGACAAACGGUGAUUACGACGCGUUUUGAACGGGCCACGUCCUAUGGAAUUCCACAUUUAUCGUUGAAUAGAAUCUAGCGGACUGAGAAACAUGGAGGACCCAUCGCGUCGCCUCUGAAUGGAUUGAUCGUGUUUUAUAAGUGAAAUUGUGGACGUUUUGUGAUGUAUAGUGAUUGUGCUUUAUAAAUAUGGAUUGGUGUAUGUUCGAGAGUGUAGCUAGCCCGACUCCGUAGCGUCGUCGUUAUAGAAUGCGAGUGUAGUAAACCAGUCAGGAUGGUGUCGCUUACAUACUUUGGCCUCCGUCAUACGCCGUGGACCGUCCUUGUGCUUAUUUUCUUCAUCGAAAGCGUGAUGGGGAACUAUGCCAAGUCCUUCUACAUACAUUGGAACACAACAAACAGCAUAUUCCGAAUAGAUAACACAGACCAUGUAUUCGACUUGAAUAAAGGAAACGCACAGUUCGAAUACGACCAAGUGAAUAUAAUAUGUCCAGUGUACCCUGGGACGUUUGAGGAGGACACGGAAAAGUAUAUAAUAUAUAACGUGAGUAAAGAGGAAUAUGAUACGUGUAGGAUAACUAAUCCGAACCCCCGGAUAAUCGCGAUAUGCGAUAAACCGCACAAAUUGAUGUUUUUCACUAUAACGUUCCGGCCGUUCACGCCUCAGCCGGGCGGCUUGGAGUUCCUCCCGGGGAAGGACUACUACUUCAUAUCGACGUCCAGUAAAGACGACCUGCACAGACGCAUCGGGGGCCGAUGUCUGAGUCACAACAUGAAGCUGGUGUUCCGGGUGUGCUGCAAGCCGGAGGAGCAGUCCCCGGCGCCGCAGCCGCAGCCGACUCCGCCUCCGCCCCCGCCGCCGACCACGCCGACCACCACGACGAGCACCACCACAGUCAAGCCGGUCAAAAAGACGCACAAGUACGACAAGACACCGAACGAGGUGAUCAAAAGCGAGGAGUUGUCCCACUCCCGUGGGGCCGCGCUGGCUUCGUCCCUCGCCCUGGCUCUGGCGGCGAGCGCCGUCUUAGCGCCCCUGGCUCGGUGAAUGUGCGCACGGGCGGCGCGACCCGAGCGGCCCCAUCUGGUCGCGAAGCCAGGCCCCAACACACAGACUUUACACACGCUACAUCUACGCCCGGACACUCUCAUCUACACGUGAAUUUGUGCGAAACAGUGAACAAACUAGUGAAGUG